UGUGUAUUGUGAUGUUAGGAUGCUAUCAUCGACUAUUGCUAAAGAUGAUGGUUGCUCAUUCUUCCGUACAAAAUUCAUGAUAUCGGGAAAUCUGGUAGGGCUUUACCUAUGCCUCACUUAUUGGCUUCUUUCUUGCAAUCGUGCAUCUGUACAUUCACGCGAGCGGAAGUCAGCCUCGCUGUUCGAGUUCGAGCAUAUCUCCAGCUACAUAUAGUCCUCAGUUCCUCCCACAUCUCGAACACCCCUUUUGUGAGCUGUCGGUCGCACAAGGUAUCCCCAACUGAUGAUUAUCAUGGUCUCUAUAGACACAGCGAUCGCCAUCUCCUUCGGGCUAAUCAGCGCCAUCAUUAGCCUCAUCAGUAUGCUGAUCGCAUACCUCACUCUGCGAGCCAUGCCUUCUGAAAAGAAUAAAGACCACAUUGCUCCACCAAAGAAUGCGAUGACCUUCCAUCACAAGCACAAAUAUUUUCUUGCGCAGGGCGACGAUAAAUGGGAGUAAACAGAAGGAGCAGGUAGUAGUUCUUAAAACGAGAAAAGCAAUUGGAGUU